UCUUGUUUCCACGUUGUCUUGAAUGAUUCUUUAAACGUUUUAUACGCAAUCCUUUACUAAUCCAAAAUGGUCAGGGAAGAUAAGACGACAUGGAAGUCUAACUAUUUCACCAAGAUAAUUCAAUGUCUUGAUGAAUAUCCUAAAGUAUUUAUUGUUGGGGCAGAUAAUGUUGGCUCUAAACAAAUGCAGAAAAUACGAAUUUCUCUACGUGGAAAGGCGGAAUUGCUUAUGGGUAAAAACACAAUGAUGAGAAAGGCAAUCCGUGGCCAUCUUGAAAAUAAUCCACAUCUUGAAAAGCUUCUCCCUCACAUUAAAGGGAAUGUUGGCUUUGUGUUCACCAAAGAGGAUUUGAAUGAGGUUCGGGAUGUUAUCAAAAGCAACAAAGUGGCAGCUCCUGCUAAAGCUGGUGCAAUUGCACCCAUUGAUGUUAAAAUUUCAGCAGUUAACACUGGACUUGGGCCUGAGAAGACAUCUUUCUUUCAAGCAUUGGCCAUUCCCACCAAGAUCACUAGGGGGACAAUUGAAAUUUUGAGUGAGGUUCAUCUCAUUCACAAAGAUGAAAAAGUUGGAGCAUCUGAAGCAACUUUAUUACAGAUGUUGAAGAUCUUUCCAUUUUCUUAUGGCUUGCAAAUUGAACAAGUGUAUGAAGCUGGUAGUGUUUUUUCACCUGAUGUGCUUGACAUAACUGAAGAUGAUUUGAUGGCAAAAUUCAUGGAGGGUAUUGCCAAUGUAGCUAGUGUCUCCUUGGCUAUUGGUUAUCCAACAGUUGCAUCUGUGCCUCAUUCAAUUGUAAAUGGAUUUAAGAAUGUGCUUGCAGUUGCUUUGGAGACAGAUAUUACCUUCCCAGAAGUGGAGCAAUUGAAAGCUUACUUGGCUGAUCCAUCUGCAUUUGUGUCUGCUGCUCCAGUUGCUGCUAGUGGUGAUAAUGCUACAGAGGAAACAAAAACUGAGGAGAAGAAAGAAGAGGAGGAAGAAGAAGAGAGUGAUGAUGAUAUGGGUUUUGGUUUGUUUGAUUAAAGACUUUUCCAGCUCCCAUUAUUGGUGGUACUAGAAAGGAAUUAAUAAAUCUUUGGAAUGCCUUCUUUUCAGUAUUAAUUAAAGGAAAUGUUGUGUUUCA